UUUCCGCUUACGACCUGUGUGAAUGUAACACCGCUGUGCUACGUCCAAAUGUGCCCCCCGUGUCAGCUAAUGGUUCCGAGUAGCAGUUAGAAGAAACAGCUCCAUCUUCUGGAAAAACACUCACACGGUUUUAUUUCCAAGUUGUUUCUCGACAGAAGUGAUUUAAAUACUUGAAAAUGGCGAAAAGAUCAUCGAGUCACAGGUUUCGUGAAACCGCAGGUGAUUUGCUGUCUGACGCUCUCAUCGACCUGAACAAGAGAAACAAGGAAAACCUCAACAGUUUAUCACAGAACUACACAAACUUCAGAGACAAGAGAACAUGUGAAUGCAUCUUCUUCCUAACUAAAGAGCUGAGACUCGAUCCUCUGGUCGGAUACCACGCCAUCGAAUUGCUUCAGCGGUUCAUGGUCAAGCACCUCACAGAUCUGCUCACCUCCCCCACACUUCAAACAGCAGCUGCUGACAGACGUGACGAGGAUGCUGUGUUUGACAAGAUCAAGGAUAAGUUCCCCGUGUUCGUCUUCACCUGCGUGCAACUCGCGAGCAAACUGUGUCUGUACAAGGACAUAAUCACAAACAAGGCUGCUGUGCACUUUCUGCACUCAGUCGGCCUCAGUGUUUCCAAGCAGACACUCCAAGAGUCAGAGUUGAUGAUCCUGAAAGCACUUGAUUUCAGACUAAAUACCCCGAAUCCUCUGACAUACAUAGAGUUACUUCUGGAGGUCCUCGGACACAAUGAGCCAUCUGUGCCUGUGGAGCACUUGUACGACUUGUGCCACCACGUUCUGCAGUUCGUCAGCCUGGACAGAGCCGCCGUCUACGACUCAUUGUUAAAGACGACCACUCGGUGUCACAGCCCCUCCAGAGAACAGAGAGAGAAGUUUGUGACAGUGACUGAGGACUACAUGCUUCUUGGUGUUGGGGUCAUCGCCGUGGCUACGUUCAUCCUCUCUGUCCGGAAAUGGGAAGAGGUUGUGGCAGAACUGAGUCAUAUCACAGGAAUCUCAAGCAGAAGCAUCCGCGACUUCACCCAUGUGAUACUGAUGCAUAUUGUUAGACCCAGUUCCCCUGCAACACCAGCUCGAGUCUUAAUGACACACACCUACUGAACACUGCGUCGUACUGUCACUGUUUAUGGUGGAGUUGGUGUGUUAGUCGUAGAUGUACCAUGAUGUUUGGGAUAAGAAAAAAGGGGAUUAUAGUUUAAUGAAGUGUAGAUAUAAGAAAAAAUAAUUCUUGUCUGUGUGUCAGGAGCUGAAAUAUAUAUCGUAUAUUCUACAAAGCUUAAUUGAUAGUGGUGUGUUGUAUGAAUCAGUUAAGAUGUUGACCUGUCAGUAUUACAACCUUGUUAUGGCCAUUAACAAUAUAAAUAUAAUAAAUAUUACAUUGACAUCACCACAUACUGUAUAUUUCCACAGUUUUUAAAUUUCCCAAGACAUAUUGUUCCUUUCCCUUAAUUUAGAUGCAUUGUGGUUUAUUGUUAUACUUGUGUUUGGUUGUCAAUAUGUCAUUGCACAUAACAUGCAUGAUAUAUGACUCUUCCUUGUUUUGUUUCUGAGACU